UUUUUUGUACAUACGCACUAUUGUGACGAAGAAAUCAUAACAUAACUUGAUCAGGGUGCAGGCUCGCGUGACUUUGUGGAGUUAAUUAAACGUAAAUGGAAGUAAACACAUCGACGUACGCGAUGGCUGUUAACAUCAGUACAAUUGCUAGCAAUGGCACGAUUUCGCCCGACCAUGGUGCGUUAAUUCAGGCACUGAAUGACAAGAUGGCGCACCUGAUGGUUCCCGCUACAGUUUACAUUUCCGUUCUGAUGGUUUUUGGUCUAGUGGGAAACCUUAUGGUGUGCUACUACUAUGGCGUUAAGACGAAGCUGACAACAAAUACGUUCUUCAUCGUGGUUUUGGCCUUUUAUGACAUCAUCGUGUGUACAAUUUCAAUGCCAACUGAAAUCGCAGACAUCGAGUUAUAUUAUACAUUUGCAAAUAGCAUCGCCUGCAAAAUGUUGCGAUUUGUGACCUACUUUGCAGAAAUUGGGUCAGUUUUUACUCUUGUUGCUAUAGCGAUUGACCGGUUUAAAAAGAUAUGUCGCUUGACUAAGCCUCAGAUGGGGAUUCGAACUGCAAAGUUUGUGAGCUUAGGGAUUAGUGGAAUAGCUUUUAUGUUGUCAUGGCCGUCUCUUGUAAUAUAUGGAUCGAUUCAAGUGCCCAUACAAAAUACAUAUGGCCUUCACCUUAUGGGCCUGGACUGUACAUCAACCAAAGACGUCAAUUACCAGAAAUAUGUCUGGGUCUUUAAUGGACUUCACUUUAUUUUGUUUGUUGUAUUUUUGGUGGUUUUGAUCGUGUUGUACAGCAUUAUCGGACAUAAAAUAUUCAGCCACAAGAAAAGACUAUUGAAGUACAAACCGAACAAGAAAAGAACGCAGUCGUCGAUCGAGGUUGAAACUUCCUUAUCUGACUGCAGUAAAAAGGCGGACGACACAAUAAAUGCAAAUGAAGAAGGCGUAACUAAACCAAAAAUUGCAACACAAUCUAUUGUCACCAGCAUUAAUCCACAAUCCACAGUAUCUAAGAAAUCGGCGAAAGCAAAGAAUGCACUAGGCAUUGACAGUGAGGCAGUAAAAAUAACCGUCGCCAUGAUGAUCGUCACCAUAGUUUUCAUCGCAAGUUUUCUGCCGCACCUCUCACUGAUUGUUUGGCGCGUUGUCAAACGCCAACACGAGGCAGAGUUUCUGUCCGAUCCCGGUCUCGUUUGGUUUAAAAUUGGGUCAAGGUCAUGGCUUCUUAACUGCAGCCUUAACCCGUGGAUUUACGGAAUUUUCAACAGCAAUUUCAGACAGUUUUUCUUUGGAUGGAUGUGUAGGAAGCGAUGAAUAUAGGAAUACGCAUAACUAUUAUAUAACUAUGUGGUUCCCUUGAUAACCGCGAAUUGAAAUGUAUGACGAUGGAUGGAUUUAAUACCUGUAAGAUGGCAACUAUUUGUCUCCGUAGCCAACGCCAUAUAUUCUGAUUAUUAAAUCUUAUAUGAAC